GGGGAAAAGGAUUUUAGGAUGCACUUUAAAAAGAGUUGUGCUUCGGUGCCCUGUUAAGUGUAUAUGCCCCCUAAGUACCUUAGCAACGAUGUGGGGGGAAGGGUGCAGCUUCCCAUACUCCCACAGCAAAUCCCACCACCGUGACCACUGAGUGGAGUGAGUCGUCUUUUGUUAGCUCUUCGACAGGCCGCCCAGAUGGCGCCCUGCUCCAGUGUCCCGUGACUGGCAGACUCGCUCAGCCAAUCGUUGCUCAGCAAGCCGCGGGCCAGCUUCUCUUGCACCAGGUGCACCAAGCAGCUGCACAAAGAAUAGUGACCAAGCGCGUGCGGAGUCUGCAAGGGUUUCUGCCGAGGAGUUCGGCAGCAGUUGGAGUCGAAGACGCUGACGAUAAGGAGGCUGUUAAUUCAACGUCUUUACCUGCACUUUAACUCCAACUCGGUUUUACGGACUUGAUACUUUAUUACUACUUUGCGAAGUCGUGUGGUGUGUUGUUGAUAACCCAACAGUUGAAUUACUCGCGGUAGCUUUGUCACGUUGGAUUUGAUGGUCUUCGGUGGGUCUCAAGAAGUACCUUUCACUUUAGACGUAAUUAAGGCACGUCUACAAAUACAGAUUCGACACAACUGAAUCCACUGAGGAGACAUCAAGAACUACAGUGGAGAUUUUACAACCUUCAUGUGAUUUUUGGACAGGACUUUCAGUAGAAUUUUUUUCAGACCUAGUACCACUUAUUAAAAUUAAACAGGUUUGGCUGCACAGAUCUUUCUUUUAAGUUUGCAUCACAGCUAGUGAAAAGCAAGUCAACAUGGCUAGAGGAAUUAUUUCCUCACCUUCUUAUUGUCAGAUGGUAGCAGGACUGGUCAUCAUUUUGUUCAUUGAGUUUUCAGUGCAGAACAGAGAAUGUCCUCAUCUGUGUGUAUGUGAAGUAAGACCAUGGUUUACACCACAGUCUACCUACAGAGAAGCUACUACAGUGGAUUGCAAUGACCUUCGUUUGACCAAAGUUCCCAGGAACUUGUCAAGUGACACACAAGUUCUUUUAUUGCAGAGCAACAAUAUUGCAAAAACGGUUGAUGAAUUUCAACAUCUUUUUAACUUGACAGAAUUGGAUUUGUCACAAAAUAAUUUUACGACCAUUAAAGAUAUAGGUUUGUCCAAUCUUAGUCAGCUGACAACCUUACAUUUGGAGGAGAAUCAGAUUGCUGCAAUGACUGACUUCUGUCUCAAGGACCUUACAAACUUACAAGAACUUUAUAUAAAUCAUAACCAGAUUAGCAGUAUAUCGGAAAAUGCUUUUUCUGGCCUGUCAAAUCUUUUAAGGCUUCAUCUUAAUUCAAAUAAAUUAAAACUUAUAAAUAGUCGUUGGUUUGAGUCCACACCCAAUUUAGAGAUUCUUAUGAUUGGUGAAAAUCCAGUAGUUGGAAUCUUAGAUAUGAACUUUACUCCACUUUCAAAUCUAAGGAGUCUGGUUUUGGCUGGAAUGGACUUAACUGAGAUCCCUGGAAAUGCUUUAAUUGGGUUGAAUAGCCUUGAAAGUCUUUCAUUUUAUGACAAUAAGCUAGUAAAAGUUCCACAACUUGCUUUGCAGAAAGUUCCAAACCUGAAAUUCUUAGACCUAAAUAAAAAUCCUGUUCACAAAAUCCAAGAAGGUGAUUUUAAAAAUAUGCUUCGUCUAAAGGAACUUGGCAUAAAUAACAUGAUGGAACUUGUUUCGGUUGACAGAUAUGCCCUUGAUAACUUGCCCGAACUCACAAAGCUUGAGGCAACAAACAAUCCAAAGCUGUCUUACAUAAAUCCACUUGCUUUUCGUGAUGUACCAACCUUGGAAAGCCUGAUGCUCAAUAAUAACGCUUUAAAUGCACUUUACCAGAAAACAGUGGAAUCACUUCCCAAUCUGCGUGAAAUAAGUAUCCAUAGCAACCCUCUUAGGUGCGACUGUGUUGUGCAGUGGAUGAAUUCGAAUAAGACUACGAUUCGUUUCAUGGAGCCUCUUUCUAUGUAUUGUGCUAUGCCUCCAGAAUACAGGGGGCAGCAAGUGAAAGAUGUGUCUAUUCAGGAAUCAAAUGAACAGUGCCUUCCUAUGAUAUCACAUGACACUUUUCCAAGUCAUCUAAAUCUUGAUAUUGGUUCAUCUGUUUACUUAGAUUGCCGUGCAGUGUCAGAACCUGAACCACAAAUCUAUUGGGUAACUCCCCUUGGAGUCAAAAUAACAGUGGAUACAUUGUCUGACAAAUAUAGGUUAAGCAGUGAAGGUACACUGGAAAUAUCCAGUAUUCAGGUUGAAGACUCUGGAAGAUAUACCUGUGUUGCUCAAAAUUCAGAAGGUGCUGACACAAAAGUAGCUACUCUCAGAGUAAAUGGUACUCUUUUGGAUGGUACACAGGUACUUAAAAUAUAUGUGAAACAUGCAGAAUCUCAUUCAAUAUUGGUUUCGUGGAAGAUUAAUUCAAAUGUCAUGACUUCAAAUCUGAAAUGGUCAUCUGCUACUAUGAAGAUUGAUAACCCUCAUAUUACUUACACUGCCAGGGUUCCAGUGGAUGUUCACGAAUACAAUUUAACACACCUACAACCUUCUACAGAGUAUGAAGUCUGUCUAACUGUAUCAAACAUCCACCAACAGACUCAGAAGUCAUGUGUGAAUGUAACAACAAAGGAUGCAACUUUUGCUUUGGAUAUCUCAGAUCAAGAAACUAGUACAGCUCUUGCAGCCGUAAUGGGAUCAAUGUUUGCAGUAAUCAGUCUGGCCUCCAUUGCAGUAUAUGUCGCUAAAAGGUUUAAAAGAAAGAACUACCACCACUCUUUAAAGAAGUACAUGCAAAAGACAUCUUCAAUUCCUCUGAAUGAGCUUUAUCCUCCACUUAUUAAUCUUUGGGAAGGAGACAGCGAAAAAGACAAAGAUGGACCCUCUGAAACGAAACUAACUCAAGUUGAUACGUCUAGAAGUUAUUAUAUGUGGUAGGACUUUAAUUUGGUUAGAAGGAGCACAAUGACUCUGGGGAAGGGGGGGACAUCUUGCUUUUUCUUUGAAAGUGAGAUAUUCAAGGCAGUUUUAUAUUUUUGACUUUGCUAGUUUGUGGCAGAGUGGUGAGGACAGGUGGAUAUUUCAGACUUUUCUAGUAUAGCGUAUCGCAAACGUUGGAAAUAAAAGCACUCCACCUAGCUUAAAGACUCCUACUUGUUAAUUUGCUACUAUUGUGUAACUGCUCAGCUUUAAGAAAUUAGUGACGUGGAAUAAUCCAGUGAUUCACUGGUAGAUGUGCCCCUUUUCUAAAGCCAUCGGUAAAACACAAAUUUGUAUGAUGAAACAGUUUUAAAAACUGUUGUACAGGGUAUCUCUUUUUAAUCUCCAGGGACUGUAUAAGCUGAGAAGUGGAGGCUUGAUUUAAAGUGGAGGUCUAUUAAAGAAUGUUAGUACUGCACUGUAAUGUUGUAUCAACUAUAAUUUUGGAAAUGUUGAAUUUGAGAUUAUGGCCUUUUCAUUUUCAUAACUAUUUUACUUUGAGUUUUAACUAGUCUGGAAGACUUAAAUACAAAUUUGCAGGGGCACAAUGCAUAGUUAUCUUAAGUAUAUUUUCUUUUGAACACAAGUAGAUAUUAACUACUAUGAAUUUUUCUUAUGUAUCUUAAUUUACUUGACUUAACUAUUGUAUAACGACAGAAAAUGGAAAAAUCAAUUUUGCUAUUUUUAUAGAACUUUUGAAUUAACUUGCUAUUCUUUAGUAUAAAAUAAAUCUAAGUUUUUUUGCUGUUUUUUAAAGUUGCCCUUUGGUUUACUUUUCUGUAUUCAGAAUAUAGGACUUCUAGCAAUAUGAAUUCUGAAUAUUAAAGCUGUUAUUGUCCUUUAUUUAUAUAAAAUAAAUUUCUUACAAAAUAAA